UAUUACCAUGAAGAAUGGGUAAAUGUAAUUUCUUGACCACCCUUUCAUUGGGUAGACCCCUUUGUGAGUCUUCAGCAAGUUGAGGAAUUAGUUCCACACUGCAUUCAAAAGGUUAACGCAAGAUUUUAAAAAUACGUCCUUAAUGUAGCAGGCCAAGGUAUACAAGAAUGAAAAAGAUGGACUUUGAUCAGACACAGGUAUUGCCAUUAAGUGACGAAUUUGAUGAAAUGGAUGAUGAAGCAGAUGGUUUUGGCCAACAGAAAGUUGUUGGAUAUUUGAAGGUGUUUUGUCAAAAGGGGUUUCCAGAAACAAGUUUUCCAGUAUAUGAAGGGGAUAAUGUGAUUGGAAGACAAUCAGACAAAUGUAACAUUCACAUACCAAUUAAGGCUUUAUCCAAGCAGCAUGCCUGUAUUGAAGUUAGAGGAUUGUCCCACAUGAUCUAUGACAAAGGCAGCGUGAAUAAAACUAGAAAGGGUUCUAGGCUACUUUGUCCAGAGGUACGAUAUGACAUUGGGCAUGAAGAUAAAUUAACUUUAGCUGAUGUAGACUGUGUGUACUACAUUGCAGAAGAGCUGAAGAAAGCUGAAAUCUCAAGUCAUUUUAUAUCAAUGGAGGCUAAAGCUGGAGAUGAGUCAGGAUCGGAAACUGGCUCAGAAUCUAUGUUUACACUGAAAGAGGCUGGAGGUGGAGACUGGAGCAGAGGAAAUCUACAGAAACCACUGACGCUGGAGACUGAUGAAGAUGAUAAUAGCAGUGACGUACUUCCACCAACACAGGUACAAGAAGAAGAGAAAGUUUUAGUUGCAGAGUCAGACCAAAGUGAUGCUGAGGAUGGCAAAGAUCAAAUGAAAAUUUUGCAAGGAAACAACAAUGCAGUUGCAGAAACUCCUUUUGCCAGUAAACCAGAUAACAUGGUAAACAAACCUUUGGAAAUCCAGCAAACGCUCCUCUAUGAAGAAUAUGUUGGAGAAUCCGAGUUGGAAAUUUCGAAGUCUGCCUCUCAACCAGGAGUGUUUGGUGCAGAAUUUGUAGAAGAGAGUGAUGUAGAUGAGGAAUCAGAUGACAACAGGUCAUAUGUAUUUGAGGCAGCAACGCAAGCUUUCCCUGAUGGAGAGGACAAGAAAGACUUAGUCAGUGUGCAUAAAGCUCCCAGUGCCACUCAGUUGUUUGAGGAAGAUGUUAAAGACAGCAUUUGUCAGGAUUUAAGUUCGUCAAAAAGAAGGGAUAUCCAUGAUGAACCUACUAUGGUUUAUGAUGUAGAUAACACACAAACUUUUGUGGAAGGAAUUCAGGCAAAGGCAGAAUCUACCAGAAUGUCUUCUUUUACCUCUGAUUCAAGUGAUGAUAGAAGUGUUUCAGUGCACAGAGGUAAAGGGAAAAAGCUUAGUGUUUCCUUUGAUGAACAGCCUACACAAAUGUACACAACAGAAGAAGGCACAGAAUCAGAUGCCAGCACCCUGCCUGUGUCUGCUAGCCCGGUCAAAAGUCCUGAUCAGGUACACCUAGCCAGAGGUGCUCCAACCCUGAAAAGACUUUACCCACAAGAUCAUAACAAAGAUGGUGCAAAUAUUGGAAAAGAUCAUAUGAGACUCGAAGAAACCAACCAUUCAGAAGAAACAGCCCAAUCAGAUAACUCUUUUAGCACCCUGGCAGUAACAAGCAGCUUUGAGAAAAGUCCAGUUCAUUCCAGUGCUGCUGCAGGUAAGCCUGCUUUGAACCGACUAGUACCACAGAGUCCAGGCGAAGAUGGAAUCAGCAAUCAAGAAACUCAAGCAUUUGCUGACAUGGCAGCACCAACUUUGGCAGAUAGUAACAGUCCUGAAAUCUACUCCAAAAUGGCUUCAAAACCGGUCGAUGAUGCUGAGGCUACUGGUGAGACACAGCCAUAUUUUGUUGGCGCAACCCAAGAGUACAGUGCAUGUUCACCUACUCAGGUUGUUGGUGAGGGUAAUAUUGAGGUGUUUCCUCUUGGAAAAAAGAAUCUAAAUGGUAGUUCUGCCAUGAGUGGAAAUGGCUACACAGAUGAUGCAGAUGCCACGCAGCCAUACGAGGUUGAUGAUGCUGAAGCUUUGGAACCUACCCAAGCUUAUGGGAUCACCUUACAACCUAAAUCUGAUGAAAUAAAGGACACAGGAACACACACAAGUUGCACAAAUUCCAAUGGUAAAACCUCUCUGGUAAGUGGCACCCCUGAAAAAAAUGAGGUAUGUGCAGACAGGAAUACUUCUGACAAUGCUUCUUUGGAAGAAACUGUUGCCUAUGAAGAUAUAGAGCCCACACAAGUGUAUGGCGCCAGUGAGGCAACACAAAGUUAUGGAGUAGAAGAUUCACAUCCUAGCGAAUCUGAUGAUUCUACACAACCUAUAACAGUAGAAGGAACACAGGAUCAUGGCUGUGCAGAAAUUCAGGGUUAUGAUCUUGCAAAAGGGACUGAUAAGUCAGAUGAAAUCAAGAGGGUUGAGCUAGAAGCUACUCAGGCAUAUGGACUCCAAGAAGAAAAGAUUCCUGAAAGUGAUGAAUCUGAUGAUGAGACGCUCCUCCAUCCUAUUAUCCCAAUACCCAUCAACAAUUCACUGCAUGGAGAAAAAAACAAAAUAGAGUCUGUUUCAAAACCUGAGGGAGUUGCAGAGAAAGAUAUGCAAACCCCAUUAAAGGGAGAAUCCUCAUCAAAUGAUCUAGAUGAGACAAAAGAGGAGUCUGAUUUUAUGUCCCCAGUUAUUGCAGUUCAGGAAUCAGUUAGGUGUUCAGCAGCUUCUGUUGAAGGAAGAAGUCAAGGAAGAAGGUCUAAGUCCCCAUUAAAUAAACUGGAAGAGGAUGAAAGUACAUCAGAGGGGAGUGAACAACCAGGAAGAAGAAAAAGUACCAGACAAAAGAUUAAGAAAAAGCCAUUUGAUAGUAAUGAUGUCUCAAUUACUCAAAAAAAUAGUGGAAGGGAAAAAAGAUCAAGUGUUCGUAACAGAAAAGAGGCUGAUGCUGGAACGGAAAUAUGUACAUCUCAAGUAAAUGUCAAAGGAAAGCAAGAUAAGGUAACUUUGAAAUCAGUUCAACCAAAUGAAGAAACAGAAAUUCAAGGAAAAAGCAGGGUUAACCCUGGGAGAAAGAGUGUUGGAAAGAGUGAUUUUGAACAAAAUGCGAAUUUAUCAAGUGAUUACUCAAAAGAACACAAAAACGAAAGUUCUUUACAGACUGAUGUGGAUGAGGACUUAGCCCAAAUUGCAGUGGAAAAAGGUGGUCCAAAAACAGAGUAUGUAACACAGGUUUCUAAAGAAAAGGCUUCUGAGUCCAAAGUCAGAAGUUCUAGAACAAGAAGGAGUGGUAUUCAACCAAAUAAGGAAAGAAAUUCAGAAGAAGCUAAUUUGACAGAUGGAAAGAAAUCUAGAGUUAGAAAAAGUCUCACAUUUAAGAAGCAGCCCAUAGUUGAAGAGGAGGACAAAACAUUAAAUUCAGAACAAAAUGUUAAACAAUUAGAAAAGAAAACAGGAGGUAAGAAAAGUUUAACUUUCAAGGAUGAGACUGAUGGAGAGGAGAACAAUAGUAAAGGAAAUGCAGAAGACGGCAAUACAUCUAAAGGGAGAAAAAAUAGAGGUAAAAGAAGUUUAGCAUCCCCAAUUCAGACUGAAAAUGAAAACAAGAAUUUGGAAGAUCUCCAUAGUUCUAAGUCAAAAACAAAGGCCUUAAGAUCUCAACAGAAUGAUGAAGUAGUGGCAAGAAGUGGAACAAAUUCAGAAACGGAGCUUCCAACUAGAACCAGAGGGGCCCAAAGCAGGACAGCAGUAAAACAGAAAGAACAGAAAAGUAAGGUGGAAAAAGCAGACCAUGUGGAAAAGCCUCAGUCAAGUACCAGAAGAUCAAGAAGCUUGGGGACAAACAGAAAUACAGAUGAACAAGAUUCAGAUAGAACAGACAAUGCUUCAGAGGUGUCUGAUGAACUAUCAUCUUCUGUAAGAAGAUCCAGUAGGGGUCAUUCUAGCAAGGAGAAGCAAGAAAAUGAUUCAGCAGAGAGGCCAAAGAAGGCUGCAGAUAUAAAACAAAAAGAAAGUGAGAGUAAACUGACAUCUAUUAGUAUUGCAGCACCUGAGACAUCAACAAGGACAGGAGGCAGGAACAAGAGACAAAGACAAAGCUGUGUAGCCAGUAUAAAUGUUUCAGAAGAGAACAAAGAUGAACAGUUGAAAGGGCCUUCUCCUAACAAGAGGGACACCCAUAUUACAGAAAAUCAAACAUCAAAAACGGUGAGAAAAAGUAGGACAAAACAAAAAUCAGCAGGUAGAGAUAAUAUGACUAUUGAACCUGCAGUAAAUGAUGAAACCCCAGCAGCUACUAGAAGUGCCCGUAGCAGGCAGGCGUCUGCCAAGGUAGAACAGAAAAAAGAGGGCUUUGUCAAACCUGAAGAGAUUCCAGUGCAAACUACAAGGGGGCAAAGGGCCUCAGCCCGGAAUAAAUCAGAAGAAUCAAUUUUGAUUGAACCAGAGAGAGUUGGCAGGAAGAAAAGAGACCUGUCCUCUGACAGUCAGUCAAGUAAUGAUUCCCGAGAUACUGGUUCUAAAAGAAACAAAAGAACUUCCCUUGGAACGCCAGCUAGAGAGCAUGAUACCUCCCAGACCAUUGAAUCUCCCAGUCUCAGACAUAGAACAUUUACCAAGCCAAAGAUUAUGUUUACUGGAGUGCUUGAUGAAGAUGGAAGUAAGACUAUCAAAAACCUUGGUGGGGAGUUAGUCCAUUCCAUUCAGGAUUGCACACACCUUGUCACAGACAAAGUAAGAAGAACACUGAAAUUCUUGUGUGCCUUGGGCAGAGGGAUCCCCAUUGUGUCCAUUGAGUGGAUUGACAGAUGCAAAGAUGCACAUACAUUUAUUGAUGCCCACCCUUUUCUGGUAAAGGAUGGAGCAGCAGAACAGAAGUUUAAGUUCAACCUUAGGGAUUCCAUUCAGAAAGCUGCCAUGCGUCCUUUAUUGACUGGGUGUAAGAUUCAUGCAACUAAGUCAACAGCACCGCCACCUGCUGAUAUCAAAGAGAUAGUCAAGUGUGCAGGAGGGCAGUAUUUGGCCACAAUGCCAAAGAAAGUGGGGGAUAACAUUUUUGUCAUAGUUGGGGAGAAUGAAGAAACAAAGAACUUCAAAGCCGUUAGUGAUAUGGGAAUCCCUUGUGUAAGCCCAGAGUUUCUUCUGACUGGCCUUCUACAGCAGAAGAUUGACGUCGAUUCAUUUGCCAUAAAACCAGAGAUCUCAGAUGGUGGGAAAAACAGGAAGAGAAAUAUUACUGGAACUGCAUCAUCAGCUACUAAGAAAAAAAGAAAUUAACUGCAUGGACACUUGCUAACAUGUAUCAGAAUGAAUACAGACAUUCGUACUCUGCUUAGUCUUUUCAGUCAAAUUUUAAUGAAUGGCAUGUAUGUUUAUUUUCUGUGAAUAGAAAAAAAAACAUUUUGUUUACAUUUUAAAAAAUAAGGGCUCGUUAUUGUUAGGAUAAAAGACAGAAUAGUUAUAUUUACCAAUUGAAACUGUCAACUGUUAAAAUGUUGAUAUUCAUAUUAUGUACACAUUUCAUCACCUGGGGAUACAAAGGUACAAUUUACAGAUAGAUGCAAGGUUUUGCAGGUGUUGGUAUAUGUACAUAUUUUUUAAAGAACCAAGUAAUGAAUGUACCAUAAUGACUAAAGUUUUAUGAUGUGGAGUUGUAUUUUUUCAAGUGUUAUACAUUUAACUUCUGGUUUCGUAUAACAAAAUAGUAAUGUGAUUCAGUUUUUACAUUGGAGAUAUUUUAGAUACUUAUUUUUGUAGAUAAUAACAUUACUCCAAUUGCUAUUUUAAUUUUUGAAUAUUUUGUAAAAAGAACUUUGUUUUGGAACAUUAUGUAACUUUAGGCAUAAUCAAUACCCAACAAGGUUUGUUUUCUAUCUUGAGGUAUUACCUUCAAUAAAUACUCUGUAGUUAUCUACUUAAUGUUUGUCAAUGGCGAGUAAACAAUAACUAAGGGAAACACUAGCAUCACCAUCUCCUAAGAUGGUACAUUACAGCAUUUAUGAAACCCCAGGAACUUACAACUUUGACAUGAAAGUACAAAAUGUGGAUACCUAGAUCUGAUAGAAGGCUGUAUAAUGCACUUUCAUUAGUUUUGAAGUAGAAUGUAUGAACAGAAUAGUCUGCGACUUUUUACAGAUAUGAAAAUAAAAGAACAAAACAAUUCAAAAGCUUUUAAUCAUGAGAAUUUGGCUGUACAAAUGCAUCUUUUCAUAAAUAUGGGGCAUCCCCAAAAGAUUUACCCAUUGGAAUUCUAUACAUACUUCAUUUGAUAACAAUUGUUAAUUUUGGUGGAGGACCGGAUGGAACUAUCCCGAGUGUCAGAGCAACGAAAAAAUUAGCUUGUAAAUAUUAAAUAUACCUUGGAGUCAUUUUUACUAGCUCUGAAGACCAGUGGCCAUGUUAGGCUUCCGUCAAUCAAAUAGAACUGCUCCGCAGUGAAACUGCAGUUGAAUGUCAUUAGACCAAAA